AUGUUGCCGGUUGGCGGAGCCAGCCUGCCAAAGAAGCACAGCGUGGUGCCCAACCUGAUGGAGAAGGGCCUGAUGCUCCUCCAGUGUGUAGCCAGCCGGAACAAGCUGGUCCCAGAGUGGAAACUUCACCGGAGACAGCGCUCCCUCAGCAAGUCGGCUCAGGCCAUCAGCUGCUUCUACGGGAAGAAGGGUGAAUACAAGCAAGCCCCCAGCCCCGAGGACACCAGCUUCAUGGCCGAACUAGAGGAGCUGAGAAAGGCGUUUCUCAAGCGCCCUGGCUGCCCUCAGUUCAGCACCAAGGCCACGUCUAUGUCUUGUUACGGCUCAUCCACCUCAGCCGAGGUGCCCGAGGAGUUGUGCACGGGCUUUGAUUCCUGGAAGGUGACCCAGGACCCGUCCUGCAGCCACCGGGGCUCCGACACAAAGGUGGACGGGUGCCUCCUUCCCUUUAGUAAGAGUGCCUGUGAAUUCAACUACUUGCGGAAGAGGAGUGGGUCCCAGAUCAUAAGCCCGGUCCCCAGCAGCCCGGUCCUGGCACAGAGCCACCCGAAGAAGCGGUUACCCUGGUACAUCUCAGUCAUCCACGAGAAGGAUCACUGCCUGGUCAUGCUGCGGGAGGAAGUGCAGCGGCUGUCCGCGAUGGAGGUGCCACCUCAGAAGGAAGAUGAGGAGGUCUUGGCCCUUCAGGAGGAGAGGGAGGCCUUGAAGAAACUGCUGAAAUGCCUCCUUAAAAACAAGGGCCAGGAGACAUGGGUAUGCCAGUGCACGAGGGAGCCGGUGCCAAAGCCCAGCGGGAGGCUGAGCAUCCUGAAGACCUUCCUCCCAGACGAGGAGCUGCAGCACUGGAGGCAGCUUCAGGAGGAGUCUGCCGUGACCGGCAGAGGCAAGGACCUGGAAGCAGCUGGCGGCGAGGAAGAAGAGGCUGCAGACGCAGAGGCAGAGGAGAGGGCAGACGGCGAAGGGAAGGGCCCAGCAGGCAGGAAGGGGGCCGCACCCAAGGAGGGGGGUGAGGAGCAGGAGCAACUGGAGGAGGAGAAGGAGGAGGUGAUGGAGCUGGAGGAGGAGGAGGAGGCGCAGGAGGAGGAGGACCAGCGCAGGGGGAGCUCUCGCUCCCUGGAGCAGGCUUUUGAGCGGGAGCUGAUAGCGCAGCUGGAGGAGUACGAGCUCGUGAUCCAGGAGUUGCAGACAGAGCUGGAGGUCACCAGGACCAGAUACUCGCUCGCAACAGGGGCCGCCGUGUCUUUACAACGCCAAGUGGAUUUCCAGGAAUCCCAACUGCACAUGUUGAACACGAAGAACGAGACCCUGCAGAAGGAGCUCCGGGAGCGGAAGGACCAGUUACAAGCCAUGUCCAACAAGUUCUCCAACCUCAGGGAAGACAAGAAGCACGAAGAGAUGAUGGGCAUCAUCGAGAAGGACAACAUUCUUCUCCGCCAGCAAGUGUUGGAGCUGCAGAGCAAACUCGAAAAGCAGGAGCACAUCAUCUCGGAGUUCGACGCCACGGUCAGCAAGCUGCAGGCCCAGGUGAGCCAGAACCAGAACCACCUGCAGAGAUGGAAGUCGCUGCAGGAGGAGAUGCUGAGCAAGAACGAAAUGAUCCAGCAGGCGGAGCAGCAGGCCCGCGUGGCCCUGGAGAGCGCCCAGUCCCGGCUUGAGAGACUGAGAAACAAGAUCAUCCAGGCCACCUUCAGCACCUUCGGGGUCAAGUCCUUUGCCACUGAGAUCUCUGACAAUGACAUUCUGGAAGCUUUGCAGAGUAUCAUCUCUGAGAGAGACGACUACUACAAUCAGCUCAAACAGAAAGGCGCCAGAGUGCCUCCCCUGCAGCAGACAGAGGCCUUGUCCUCCCCGAACAAGUCCAAGAAGAUAACCUCCAAGUAG